CUAAAGUUCCAGUCCAUGUUGCCGUUGGGGUUGGGAAGAUGGAGGAAAUGGAUAAUUGAUCGUGUCGCAGGAGAAGAUAGAACGCAGCUCCUGCGCACUGGAUACCGUCGCGACUCGCUCCUCCAGCCCCCACAAUCCUCCUCCUCCUCCUCCUCCUCCUCCUCCUCCGCCGUCACUUGCUGGUUUGCUCUGCUUCCUUCCUCUCUUCCCAUGGCGUCAGCGACAUUAUCUGCGCUGCUGCUCUCGGCGUCGCCUCGCAGUCUCUCUCGUCGCUCCCACUCCUUCCAUUCAUGGUCGUCCAAUGCGAAGCAGCUCUCCGUCCCAAUCCUCGACCUCAAGACCCCCCUCGCCUUCCCUUUUCCCCUCAAACCCACCGCCUCCUCCUCCGCCCCGCGUAGAUUGUGCUUGAAGAGAGUUCGCGCGUGUGCCGUUGCGGAAGAAGCCGCCGCCGCCGCCACCGCCGCUCCUUCUUCUUCCUCUUCUUCUUCGGAGGACGCCGCCGCCAGGAGGCUCUACAUUGGGAACAUCCCCAGAGACGUCGACAACGCCCAGCUCACCAAAAUCGUCGAGGAACACGGCGCCGUUGAGACAGCUGAGGUGAUGUUCGAUAAGUACACUGGCAGAAGCCGCCGAUUUGCAUUUGUUACGAUGAAGACCGUCGAGGAUGCCAAUGCUGUAAUAGAGAAACUGAAUGGCUCUCAAAUAGGAGACCGGGAGAUCAAAGUUAACAUCACCGAAAAACCAUUGUCCUCAGUGGAUUUGUCCCCUUUUCAAGCUGAGGAAUCCCAGUUCGUCGACAGCCCACACAAAGUAUAUGUGGGAAAUCUUUCUAAGCCGGUAACUACAGACACGCUGAAGCAAUUUUUCUCUGAGAAGGGGCAGGUACUCAGUGCGAAGGUUUCACGGGUUCCGGGAACAUCGAAAUCCAGUGGGUUUGGUUUUGUUACCUUCUCCUCGGAUGAGGAUGUGGAAGCCGCUAUUGCAUCUUUUAAUAAUGCUCUAUUGGAAGGACAGCGAAUUCGUGUGAACAAGGCGUAGCCGUAGGGGAGAGCUUUGGCUUUUGAGAUAUGUACAUCGUUUAUGUAUCCUCUGGAGAAAUCUGCUUUUUGCACAUUUGGAGUCUUUUGGUUCUAUUUGUAUACCUGAAAAGGGCAGGGGAUAAAGGAGAUAGUUUUGAAACUGAUCAUGCUGUUUAGUGAUGACCCCAAGACUGAAUCGAUAUUCUUCAGUGCUAUUCAUGUCUGCUCUGAUGCGGGUGAUUCACUUAGGGUUCGGGAACCAGCCAGCCAGGUCUUUCCAGAAGCAGACGAGCUUCCAAAAUGCAACCUAAUGCCUCUGGAAGGUCUAUUGGGAGGGGAAGGGGAAUGUGCAUUUCUUUGAUACAUUCAAACUUGAAAGAACAUGUUUUAAUUUACUAUGGCAAAGUGUAUAAUGCUCGUGACUGUGCUGUGCGGAGUAUAUCUGUGUUUCCAAUUCA